ACAUAAUCUACGUAAUCUAUCUCUGAUUGGCGACCUUUCGAUAUUCAGUAACACUAAAUAAAGACUAUCUAUACGGAAAAUAGUGGCAGUCACGAAAAAUGGUGGAGCUGGAAGUACUAAGUGCCAAAACUAGCAAAGCCUACGGCAAGGUAAAUGUGUCCUCUACCUCGGUGGCGAUUAGCGAGCUGCGAGUAGUGAUUCACAAAAGUUUAAAGCAAACGCCGCAUGCCGACCGCAUAUCGCUUCGCUUGGAACCGCGUGGCAGGAGCUUGAAGGAUACGGAUACAGUUGGAUCGCUUAACCUCGGCAAUGGGGAUAAGGUCUACAUUAAGGAUUUGGGACCACAAAUCGGCUGGAAAACUGUUUUCCUGUCUGAGUAUGCAGGUCCUUUGAUUGUUUAUCUUAUUUUCUAUUUUCGGCCAGAGCUCAUCUAUGGCAAGGCAGCUGGGAAUCCCAUUUCGCUGACCACUCACAUAGCCGCUGGCUGUUAUACGGUUCACUAUGUGAAACGUUUGUUGGAGACGAUCUUUGUGCAUCGUUUCUCUCAUAAUACGAUGCCGCUGCGUAAUCUGUUUAAGAAUUGCAGCUACUAUUGGGGCUUCACAGCGUACGUCUCCUAUCAUGUCAAUCACCCGCUCUACACAUCCCCAUGCAUGUGUACCGUCUAUGCUGCAUUGGCUGCCUUUGCUCUCUGCGAGUUGGGCAACUUUUCGGUCCACAUUGCUCUACGGAAUUUGCGUCCACCGGGAACCAAGGUGCGCAAGAUUCCUGUGGCCGACAGCAAUCCAUUGACAAAGCUCUUCAAUCUGGUCUCUUGCCCCAAUUAUACAUAUGAGAUUGGCGCCUGGGUUUGCUUCUCGGCAAUGACCUCCUGCUUGCCCGCCUAUCUGUUUGCAUUCGCUGGUGCAUUCCAGAUGACUGUUUGGGCUCUGGCCAAGCACCGCAAUUACAAGAAGGAAUUCAAGGAUUAUCCAAGGGGUCGCCGUGCCAUUUUCCCAUUUCUUAUUUAAAACAGCAAAUGAUACCACAAAUUUGCAAAAUUUAGAGGUGUACACCACGUACUGCUAUUCCAAUUUAUUGUCUAGAAUUAAUUAACUUCGUUAAAUAUAAAUGGGUAGAAGAUUGACGGACUUUGUA